AUGGAUGGAGGACGGGGCGACACAGCAAACGAACCAGACAACCCGUUCAAGCGCUUUCAGCAUGCGUCUCGGCUGCACGUGCGGGAGGACAAGGAGUCGUUGAGGGUGUGGCCCGAACGUGCGGUUCAAGUUGAAGAGCAGCCUUGUCUACUCUGUGAUGGCGUCGGUUUCGGAACGCGGGAAGAACUUCUGGGCCACAUCGACGACAAACACGGAGGUCUGCAACGAUAUCGGAAUGCUUAUCUGCAUUUGGAGUCUUUGUGUCCGCACGUGGUUGUGGGCUCCGAAGUGCGACACUACGUGGGCAACUAUGCAGAGUUUUUGCGGCGGCCCGCUAUGGAUUGGGAAGCAUCGGCAUUGUCGUACCCACGGGAGCGCAUCGGAUGCGCCUUCUGCGCGAGGUGUUUCUGGCGGGAAUCGAUGCAAGAGUGUUAUUUGAAGGGGUCCAAAUGCUUCAUGGCAGCGGCCGACAGGGUUUGGGAGAUGCUGUCUGUGAAACGUUAUCACGAGAGAUGGCCUCUCAUUCCGAUGAAGGAGCUAGAAGCCUCCAGCGUCGAUGUGGGCACGUUUGGAGAUGCAGUACCAGUCUUGCUGCACAAACGCCGAGUUACGGCUGAGAUGACACGAGGGGAUGUUCCUGCUGCCGUGUGCGAGGACUGCGUAGAGGCCUUUUCGGGGAACAAACCUUGGCUUUGCAAAUACGCUUUGGCCAACGAUUUGUGGUUGGGUCGUCCGGAUCCGUUACUAUGGAAAGCGAACAUGACGCACGACAUGUGUCUGGCGCUGGCGAGGACCGUGGCAACGAAAGUAGUGUUGCGUGCCGGGGGCGCUUCUCAGACUGAGAACAGCAACAGGCCGAGCCACUCUUGGGACUUCGUGUUUCAGCAAUCCGGUUUGCUGGGGUCCGCGGUUGUUUUCCACAACGGAGAUGCCCAGUAUGCCUUGGACAGCUUGCCACCCAAGAAGCUCAACGACGCUUUGGCUGUGUCCUUUUGCGUUGACCUGCCAAGUCCAAAUGCGCAGGCGGAGAGCAGGGAGACGGUGAGCCGAAUAGCGCGGUUGCAGCUUGACAGGAACGAGUUCCUCGCGCAAGCUGAAGCGCUGCAAAACACAAACCCGGUUUAUAAAAGCGGCGUGACUGACAUCAAUCGAUCGCUCUUGGCCGAAUGGUGCGGCGACCAGGAUGCCGUUGUGCCUCCUCCGGUGCUGGAUUGCGUGGUGGCUGUUCCCGUUGGUGAGGACGGGCCCGGUGUCGUUCGGCAAAGCGGGCCUGCCGAGGCGACCGAAGUUGCUCAGCAAGCUCGUGAUUCUUCGGAGCCCGAGACAUGCGUCUUAGCCAUGGAGCCGCAAGUUCAGGACUUUAGUGCUCGCGGCCGAGAAAUCUCAAUGCUGGUUGUGAGCAUGUUGCAGAAGCUGGAAGACCUGCAGGAGGCAGGCGCUCGGUCGGUUGCGUUGGAGAUGGAAACCGUGGUGGACGAGCAGCGUACUCUGGUGGACGAGCUGGGUCGCGAAACGAUUUUGGAUCUCUGUCGUCAGAUGCAUGAGUCCUGCAGGCAACUCUCCGCUGCGGAGCAGCAAAGUCGCCUGGAGCGGGAAUUGCGAGAUGCCGUCAUGGGCAAGUCCAAAUGGCUGCAUGUUCCGGAAGCAGAUCUUGUGCGGACAAAUGCAGAACAGGAGGAUUGCCAAGUUGCGUCAGAAGCAGACCCUGGGCAGCCCGGUGGAGGGCAGGAGAAUGAUCGGGCUGUGCCAGAAUCCGAUCCCCAGCAUAGAGAUGCAAAAGAGGAGCACGGUCAGGCGGCAUAUUUGCUGGUGGCACGUGGAAAGCAGCCGUUGAGUUUGUGGGAUUGGAAGAUAUGGACCAUGGCCAAGCCCAGACUAUGGCGGUAUGGCGACGCGGGAAAUCUUUUCGAGAGGGACACCAACCUGUCCACGUCCGAGUGGGCUGCAUGCUUGCUCUUGCGCGAAGAGCUUGCGUACGUGGUGGACGGCGAGCCAGAUGAUGAGGCAGAGGAGGCACAGGAGGGGCGACCCGUAAUGGGAAGUCAAUCCGUACAAAAUCGCUUCUCCGGUGAUUGGACGGCACUACACAUGAUGGCGACGGUGUCUCGCUUGAAACGGGCCGCGUCCUACAAUUUCCUGAAGAACGGGGGUAUGGCGCUCGCGAAGAAGCUAGGGGAGCUGAAGGCCGAAGAUCUCGCCAGGGCCGCCCGGGUUGCUCCAGAUACUGGGGGCACGGAUCAGUUCUUCAAAGAAGCUGCAGUGCCGCAGUCGGUCAAGGAUGCGUUGCACGCCAUGAAUGCGGCCUCUGCCACGGUGCUGGGCACGGACGGUCAUCGUCGGCUGUGUCGGCACGAAGGUGUGGCUUACGUGGAAGCGUUCGGGCCUCCAUUGAUUUUCCUGACUCCGAACGUGGCGGACACUCAGCAUCCAUUGCUUCUAGUGGUUCAAGGAGAAGCCGUCGAUCUGGGCGCCGUGAGCGCAGACAUGGAGAGCGCGUUGCCAAAGUAUCGGGACAUGUUGCGCCGACUGGCGCAGGAUCCCGUGGGUCAGACGGUUCAGUUCGAGUUCCUGAUGCGUCUUUUCUUCCAGCACGUCUUGAACGUGCGGCCAGACACACUGGAUUGCCGACGUAACGCGCCUCGUCGCGGAGCGAAGGAGUGGUGCAGCGACGGCGCGGCGGCGGCCUCGACUGGCGCCGGCAUGCUGGGUCCCAUUCUAGCUUUCCGUGGCGAAAUCGAAGCUCAGGGUCGGGGAUCUUUACAUCCUCACAUCUUGGUUUGGUUGGUUUGUCGUCACAUGCAAGUCGUGAGCGAUCUCGCGAGAAUGCUGCGGGAGGAGAAACAUGUGCUUCAGCGGUGCCUCCGGACUUUCAUGUGCAUGACGGUCGCGAGCUUCGAGUCCAUAGCCCAUGCAUCGGUGCAAGCCGCACCGCGUAUUUUCGGUGAUUUGGAUGCGGGUCGGGCCGUGAGCAUUAGUUCUGUGGCACGCAACCUGUGCAAGUACGAUGGCGGAUGCGAUUUGGAUUUGCUGAAGGAACUGCCGGAUCUGUCUGAAGAUCAACGUCAGUUUCUUGCUAAUUCUUCAGAAGAAGACUGGCGCCGGCCGGAGAUGAGACUGGAGGAAUCGACGGGCGGUGCUUCGUCGAUUUUCAGCACUCCCAUUAACCGUUUGUCUGUGGCGCAGACGCCUGGUUAUCGCUUGCGCAGUGUGCUCGCCGCCGAAGCAGAGUCGGCAGCCGACGCCGACGCGUGGCAGGCUGCCUUUUGCCAGGACUUGCACGACCUGGCUCCUUCACUUCUGAAGCACAUGUGCAGCGAGUCUUGCUAUAAGUAUUCCGAUGCGUCCGCAACAAAGUGGAAGAUCUGUCGGCACGGCUAUUAUCACGUGGUCUCUCUGUGUGAAGGUUGCAGGGCACGUCGCAAAGGCAAAGCUUUGCGCCCCGUCGUUCACAUCGGCAGCGCUGCAGAGAUGGACUUUGGCUCCGCUGGCAAGAUGCGUCCGAUUCAAUUAACUCCUUUCGAAGUGCAGACCUCUUAUGGCGGCACUGUUGCAGGCCGGCAUAACUUGGAUGUCCAGGACAUGCGGCGCGUGCUCGAUCCUGCCUUGUGGCAGAAGCCGAGCGACCGUCUGCCUCAGAUCGCUGGUCCAGUUUCGCAACUCGGUUACAUGGACAAGUUUGAAUGGAAUGGCACCGUCUACGAGUCCCGCUCGUCGUGUUCUGAGGUGUCCGUAAGCUGGGCGUCUCGAGGGCAACUGGCAGCUCCGUUUCGGGAAGCUUGGCUGCGGGCUCAUCGAGGCAAGAGCAGAAGAGAUGGGUCGUGCGACCCGGAGUGGGAAGCCGGCACCAUCGAGAACAGGGUCGCAGUGGAGGACCUUGGAAGAAGGAGCCGAUGCCAGACUUGA